AUGCUACGGUUAAGUGCAUUGCAACAAAUUGGACUGGUGCAAGUAUUAUUCCUAAUUGCAUCUUGUUUUGCUGUGCCUCUUCCUCCCGGUCUUGGGAAGAACUACAUUAUUGGUCCCAAGGGAUUCGGAUCAUCAGACCCCUACACAAACAAAACAAUCGACCAACUGAUCACUGGAGCUCUAGGUGGAAUAGGACAGGCUGCAAAUAAGCUGGUGUCCCCCGAUGGCAAAGUCUUGGCAGAACUUGACAUGAUGUUGUCAAGUGAGCAGUUCAAUUAUCUUUAUGAAAUGCCUGAAAUGCCUGAUAAUAUCAGAAAAAAGCGGAAAGCUGUGCGCAAUGUCAAAUUCCGAUGGCCAAAAGCUCAAAUUCCUUAUGAAGUUGCUCCAUAUGAUUUCAGUACAAAAGACAUAUAUACCAUGGGACGUUCUUUCACUGAGUGGGAAAGGUACACUUGCCUUAAAUUUAACAAAGCCACUCGUGCCAAUUACGACAGGGUGCGUUUUCAGAACGGAGCCGGAUGUAAUUCGGCUUUGGGCAUGGUCGGAGGAACACAGGAACUUAACCUCGAUGCCAAUGGAUGUCGAUACAAAGGUCUUUACUUGCAUGAAAUCGGUCAUGCUGUUGGUUUGGUCCAUGAACAUCAACUCCCAGAUCGGGACAAUUAUAUCAGGAUUAUCUACCCAAACGUUCAGCCCAACAUGAGGAUAUGGUUCAAUAAAUACAAACGUGAUGAAGUCAACAGCAUGUCUGUACCAUACGAGUUAUCUUCUGUCAUGCAUUACGGAAUAACGGCAUUUUCAUACAAUGGUAAAGCUCAGACUAUCAAGGCAAUUGAUUCAUCGAGAGAAGAUGAAAUUGGACAAGUUUGGCGUAAAGAAUUAUCGUUCACGGAUGUCAAAAUUGUAAAUUUAAUGUAUAAUUGCUCGGCCCGCUGUGAAAAGAAGAUAACCUGUUUGAAUGGUGGUUUUCUGGAUGAAAACUGUAAAUGUAUUUGUCCUGACGGCAGCCAUGAUUGUCAGGAAGGAGUGAUUAAAGCAAGCAACUGCAAUAAUACACACGACAGCUGGGACUGUUACAUCUGGGCAAGACAAGGAGAAUGUGAACGUAAUCCUACAUUCAUGAACAAAUUUUGCAAAAAGGCUUGCGGACUUUGUGGUGAGAAGGAGGAGUUAAAAAUGGCGAAAUCAGAUGACGUUUUCCAUAACUACAUGUGGCAGUGGCUUGGAGCAUUGACAAACUUAACACCAAAAGAGUGGAGACUAGCUGGAGAUUGUCAUGAUUUAUACGAUACCAACAAAUGUUAUGACUGGGCACAAAAUGGCGACUGUAUCACGAACACCAAUUGGAUGAACAGACAUUGUCGUAAAAGUUGUCAAAUGUGUACCGGUACACCUCCAGGAACUUCGUGUGAGAACGUUUACACCAACUCAGAAAAGUGUGACCAGUGGGCAAGAGAAGGAGAAUGCCGGAUCAACGCUGAUUGGAUGUUGCCCAAUUGUCCUAAGUCUUGUCGUACCUGUAAUGGCAACAGUACUGUAACGAAACCAACACCAGUGCCCAAAUGCAUAGAUACUUACGAAAUUCCCGAGAACUGUAAGGUGUGGGCACAAACAAAUCAGUGCGACAAGAAUCCAGAAUUCAUGCUUAUAUAUUGCCGAAAAUCUUGUAACAAAUGUGAAACGGGAACCUGUGUUAACUUGUAUGAAGAUGCCAGCUGUAAACGUUGGGCGGAAGAUGGUAAUUGCGACAGAAAUAAAGAGUAUAUGAGAGAAAAUUGCAGAAAAGCCUGCAAACUUUGCACCCAAGAAGAAAUAGACAGAACAGAUUACCCAGUUACAGAACCUACUACAAGCCCAACCACAACUGGUGAAUGCCGAGAUAAACACCCUGACCUAUACGAAUGCCAGCAAUGGCAAAAGAAUGGACACUGCAACUUCAAUCCUGAUUGGAUGGGAAAGAACUGCCGAAAAACUUGCGGUCUGUGCACAGAUGAGGGUCGAACAGUCGAGCCUACAACUGAACCCCCUUCAACUGAAUGCGUAGAUGACGACAAGUCUUGUGCUGUUUGGGCCCAAAAUGGUGACAUGUGCACAACCAACAGUGGAUAUAUGCUGAUUUAUUGCAAAAAGUCAUGCAAUAAUUGCAACGGCUGCAAAGACACUUCAUCACUUUGUCCAGUCUGGGCCAACGGCAAGCAAUGUGAACGUAACGCUGGAUACAUGUUACGAUAUUGCCAAAAAUCAUGUAACACCUGCCAAAAGAAGCGAAAUUAA